AAAAGGUAUUGCUCCAGCCUCCAGUAUCCCUAAGCAUUUUUUUUUUUUUAAUUUAAUUGUUUUUGUGCCCUCUUUUCAAUUUUGCCCACUCCCUCACUUCUGCGGAUUUCUUUAAAUUCUAUCGGAAAUUAGGGCUAAUUCUUUGCUUGAGUCUUCGAGAGAAAAGCAUCUGAGGCUUCUCCCUCUUCUACUUGUGGGUUCAGGUUAUUUGCAAUUGUCAUGAAUGGAGAUGAGAGUAGAUCUCUUCAAAUAAAGUUUCUUUUUUUCGCCCGUGCUAGAGAUCUGACUGGCAUGACUGAAAUGCCAUUGGAAGUUUCUUAUGGUAGUACUGCCGGUGACUGCUUGAAUAAGGUCAUUUCUCACUUUCCACGGUUGGAAGAGUUACGUGGGUGCAUGCUUCUUGCCCGGAAUGAGGAAUACACAGCCGAAUCCACCACUGUUAAAGAUGGAGAUGAAUUGGCCAUUAUACCUCCUAUUAGUGGAGGCUAACUCAGUUCCUGAACUGCAAUUAUCGGAACUCUAUUUUACUUGUAUUUAUGUGUGUGAUCAUAUUACUAAGCUGUGUUAUUUUAUUCCCUAAUAAUACAAGAACAAAAUUCUCUUGCUAAAAUCAUUGAAUCUGCAAUGUAUGGAACACUGAGAGUGUGUAGUAACAAUGAACUUAGCUCACUGCCCAGUAAAUGGCAUUCAUGAAAGAUCCUAAAAUGUUCUGUCUAA